AUGGGAGGUGAAGGUGCUCGAAAAGCUUUAUUCAAGGCGCUAGAACAAAGCUUUGAUAAAGCUUUCCCAAAUGCCUUGGAAUUACCCUUCUCUUGUUCUUUGGUCUCUCAAAUAGAUCAGUUCAAAAAAGAAUUCAACAAGGAUAGUGCAUUGGAUAUGCUUGAGGACUCUUCUUUCCAUGAUGAUUUACGUCAACUAUAUACUGAGGUCAUUCACAAGAAUAAGAAAAAUCGAGUAACAUACUUCCAUAUAUUGACAUUGUUAGGCCCUUUCAUAAUCAAUUUCAGGCACUUAUUAUACUGGAUAAAUGAAUGCUUGACUUUUGCUUUGAAUUCCCCGGGGAUAUCAAAUGAUGUGGUUGUUGUUUCCAGGUACUUUUUGAAAUCAGUGAUAGUGAUGGCCCAUCAAUCAAUGGGAAACUCUGAUUUGAAUUCUUUUCAAAAUUUCAGAAAAAUACGAUCAAAAAAUUCUUGCUAUCUUUUUAAACUCCUUUUGAAUCUAUAUUUCAAUAAUGACUUGAAUUUUUACCAAAAAGAUCACAUUGUUACCAUAAAUGCAUCUCUGGAUCUUGAAAUUUUCACUCAAGUAUUAGAAAUUAGCUAUGAAGAAUCACCAGAGAUCAAGGAAGAAAGUAUUAAAACUAUGGAAAGCUAUGAAGCCAAGAGAUUUAUCAACCUAAACAUUCGUCCUUUACUACUUGAGUUCCUAAUUUAUGACCCACAAUUCGGUUUCGAAAUUUUCAACGAUUACAUGAAGGUCCCAUCUUUCCGGCUAGAUACAUUAUCAUUGUUGUUGAAUUUAAUUGAUCAAGAGUCUUUUGUUCUUAACUUGGAAAUCCUCAAAUCUGAUAGCGCCAUAAAGGAGAAAGAACCCUCAUACUUUAAAACAUUGGUUGAAGCGGUGACUGAUAAUGAUGAAAGAAAUCACUCAGAUAUACUGGACGAAGAAUUAAAGAGAAAAGUUCAAAAUAUUUACAACAAAUCUCAUGCAAUUGGUGACUUUAAAGUUGACGUCAAAGCCAUUUUCGAAACGGGCUUAUUCAAAUCUAUUUGCUACUGUCUAAUUUAUGACAAUGAUGUUAUAAUCCUUAACUACGCCUUGACCAUUUUUGUGACAAUUCUUCCUGCUUUUUAUGAUGAGCUCAACAAAUUGAUUCUACUAAUGUUAGUGACAUUAAUCAGAUUAUUAUCGUACAACCGAAGCUUAAAAAUGUUCAUUAGUUUCCAAUACAAUGAUUUUCAAAAAAUGUUACAGAGAUUGGUGUUUGAUAAAGUAUCUACAAAUAAAAAAUUAAUUCCUGGAUUUGGUGAUGGUUCACUAAAAAUCCUUUCUAAUUCUGGACUCACCGAAUGGACUAUAAUUUACAAGGACAUCAAUCAAGGCGCUUUCAAUUAUAACCAAUCUGCAAAAUUAUACACAUUACUCUAUGGUUUAUUCCCUAACACUGCGUUGGCUUUCAUCAAAUCUCCUUUGGAUUUCUUUCAGACUAAAUUUGGAGUCAAUUUAAAAGAUUUUGUGGAAAUGGAGCACCUAACAUUUUUCAAUGAAGAUGACAUUCUCACAAACUCCAGGGAUAUAACAGUGCAUCAUCUUUUCAAUGAAGAUUUAAUUUCUUGUUCAACGGAGGACGAAUUGACAAAAUCAGGUAAAUUGCGAUGGCAGAAAGAGAAAAAGUCUAAUCCAAGCGAAUUGCUAUGGUAUUGUUUGAAGUUCGAUAGAAACAUUAGUACUAAAUUCUUCUACCCUCCAGAUAAUAUCAUUAAUCAAAACAUCCUUAAACUAUUCCUUAAUGAUGAUAGUGAAAUUGGGGUUAUGAAAAUUCGUUCCAAUGAAAAGAAAUUAGAAAACGCUAAUGAGCUAUUCAAACUAAUCAACCUAUUUAAAGUAGAACUUUACGGAUACGAUCUUCAUGAGAAAUCCGGAUUGGGAAAUACUGGCAGCUCUCCUAGCUUUUUCAGUAGUAAUCUUGAAUCCCCAUUAUUGUACCCGCUUGAUUCGAUACAAUCAAUAGCCAAUAGACAACUGUCGCUUUUGAGCAAAAGCAAUUCAAUAUCCAGGCAACGAAAGCAAAGUAUAGCUUCUUUGGCUAAUGAUUCUUUCAAAGAUUUGGAUAUCAAUGAAUCAAGUGAUUUGAUGUCUGUUUUGAACAGACAGUCUCAACUUUUCUCUAAAGAGCCCUCAUUUACUACAUCUUCGGAUGGAAAAGAGAACAAUGAUAAGUCCUCCUCGCCAAAUGUGGGUGCAUCAUCAGCUAUAGAAUCCCCUAGUUUGGUACCCUUGGAUUCAAACUCCUUCCCCAAUAGCAAUAAAGAUGAUUACUCCAAGUUAAAGCAAGAGAAUAAAGAAUUGAGCGAGAUUUUAGAAUAUUACAGACGUGAACUUUUAUUAGUCGCUAAUGAUGCAGAAUUUUCAAAUAUGAUUAGACUAAUGACGAACAAUGAAUUAGAGAAACUAAAAAAUCAGAAAUAUAAAGGAUAUCUUGAUAUGACUAAAGCUAAUGAGCUCGAAUAUCUCAAGCAACAUAACAAUAAAAAGGAACUUGAUCAUUUAAUUGAAGCACAAAAAAAGAUAACUCGAGAGUAUACUAUAACUAAAUCUAGAAAAAAGACCAAUGACCUGUUGAAUUUGCAAAAAAUCCGGGACUUGAGAGACGAAGUUCUUUAUUUGAAAAAUGCACAAAGCACAAGUGAAAGAAUUAUCCAGGACCAAAAAAAACAAACAGAAAACAUAAAAAAGCUCAUAAAUGAUAAAGAUACGCUUAUAAUGAACUUAAAACGAAAGAUCUCUUACAGUGAAAGUCAAAGGAAACUAGUCGAAAGUUUGGAUAAGGACUCUGUGGGUGAUGGUGAACCACAGCAUCUAAAAGACUUUAAAACUAUUCAGGAAUUGAACAAAGAAGUGCGGUUGUUAUAUGAUAAAAAAGAAAUGUUUAAAACAUCUGAAAGAGUAACCAAAAAGGAAUCUAAGGAGUUGAAAAAAAAUUUUGCGGAGGAAAUUGAAAAAAUGACUGAAAAGCAUAAUGAAAAUCUUGCUAGGUUACAAUCUAGAUGCGUGGAGCAAAUAAGCCAAAAGGAUAUGGACAUUAAGAAACUAAAGAAGGCUGUUAGUAAAUUGACCAAUUCUCUAAGGGACAAGCAUGGUCAAAUCCAAAAGCUCCGUAAAGAUUUAUUGGAACACAAAGAUUCGAAACCUAUUUCCAUUCGAAAUGAUAUCAGCUAUGUUGAGACCUUUUACGAUGAAGCCCAUAGUAUGAUGGAUAAUAAAUCUAUUAACACCACUAAUACCCUCAGCAGAUAUGGAUAUGGUGAAUUGCAAAACCCUAAGACUCCUCCAAUGCGAGCUUCGAUACUGGUACACAAUCCACAAUUGCACAGCUUAGACAACACAAUAUGCCGUACCAACUCAAACACCAGUGCAAAUACUGAAAGAAAAAAAUUGGAUUUGUCGGGCUCUAGAAUGUCAUCAAUAUAUGUUGACGCUACUAUAACUCCGAUGAGAUCUAUAGACAAUGCUUCCAUGGUUUUGGAUGAUGGGGCAUCAACAUAUGGAGUAAAAGGAGAAAAAGUUGUCAAGAGUCAUGCUAAAAAGUUGUAUUUAACUGAUAGUGAUGAGCUGAAGAGACUUGUAAAUAAACCAUCAAUUCAAUUGAAUAGUGGUAAUGUGACUAUUGAUUCUUCUAAUAGUCACCUAUCCCCUACUACAAGCUUUUCUGGCAAUUUCGAGAAUGAAAAGAGACGAAGAUGA